GCUGCAGUUCACGUUGGUCGACUGCCCGGGGCACGCCUCCCUCAUCCGCACCAUCAUCGGCGGUGCCCAGAUUAUCGAUCUGAUGAUGCUUGUCAUCGACGUGACAAAGGGGAUGCAGACGCAGUCAGCGGAGUGCUUGGUGAUCGGGCAGAUUGCCUGCCAGAAGAUGGUGGUAGUUCUGAACAAAAUAGAUCUCCUUCCAGAGGCCAAGAGACAAAGUGCCAUUGAGAAGAUGACUAAGAAAAUGCAGAAGACCUUGGAAAAUACAAAAUUCUCUGGGUGCCCUAUUGUUGCCGUUGCAGCAAAGCCUGGUGGACCGGAAGCUCCAGAGUCUGAGAAUCCACUUGGUGUUUCUGAAUUAAUUGAGGUCCUGAAGUCUCAGGCUUACCUGCCAUCGAGAGACCCCUCGGGACACUUCCUUAUGGCAGUCGACCACUGCUUCUCUAUCAAGGGUCAAGGCACGGUGAUGACAGGGACUAUUCUUUCUGGCUCUGUUAGCCUUGGUGACAAUGUGGAGAUUCCUGCCCUGAAGGUGACAAAGAAAGUCAAGUCUAUGCAGAUGUUCCAUACUCCUGUGACAUACGCCAUGCAGGGUGACAGAGUAGGUAUCUGUGUGACCCAGUUUGAUCCCAAACUACUGGAACGAGGCCUGAUCUGUACCCCAGAAUCACUUCACACCAUCCAUGCUGCAAUAAUUUCCCUGAAGAAAAUCCAGUAUUUUCGAGGAGCGCUUCAGACAAAGGCUAAGUUUCAUAUCACAGUUGGUCAUGAAACAGUCAUGGGAAGAGUGAUGUUUUUCAGUCCGGCUCCUGCUGACUUCAAUGAAGAAAUUCAAGAAAAUGCUUUUGACUUUGAUAAAGACUAUCUUUAUCAAGAGGAGUAUUUGUCCAAUGACUCAAAGCCUUCAGAGGAGAAUAAAGAAAAUGGCCAAUCAGAAGUCCAGCUGCCAAAACAACAGUGGGCUUUGCUAGAGUUUGAAAAACCUGUCACUUGCCCUGAGCUGUGCCUUGUGAUCGGCUCCAAGCUGGAUACGGAUAUUCAUGCAAAUACCUGCAGGCUGGCGUUCCAUGGGGUGCUGCUCCAAGGCACGGAAGACAAGAACUACGCAGAGACUUUCCUUCCAAAGCUGAAAGUGUACAAACAAAAGCACAAAGAAGGACAAGUAGAGAGGGUGAUUGAUGAUUACAGUGUGAUUGGUCGUUCGUUGUUUAAAAAGGAAACAAACAUCCAGAUUUUUGUGGGUUUAAAAGUCAAACUAUCUACAGGAGAAGAAGGAAUAAUAGAUGGAGGUUUUGGACAGAGUGGUAAAUUUAAAAUCCGAAUUCCAGGUGGGCUGAAGCCAGAAACCAAGAUGCUUCUCAGUGCUGCCUCCAAGAAAAAAUCUAAGGCAGGGAAGGGGGAUGCAAACAAAGAGGAUGAAAGCAGCAAGAAUGAUUCAGCUCAACCUGUUACCAUCACUCUUCUUUUUAAAAGAUAUGUCUUUGACACACAGAAGAAAAUGAUUCAAUCCUGAGAAAGCAAAGAGGCCUCUGAGCCCACCAGAAAGACCAGACUCUGGAAUGAAUUCAGAUGGAAUGUGUUGCUUGCCUGAGUGCAUUAGACCUGUUCCUUCCUUGCAGAGCUUGGAAGCUCCUGCUGACUCUGUGUCCACUUCUGAGAUCCCUGCGAUCUGGUUUUAUUCAGUUAAGAUCUACUUAUCUUGCCAUCUUAGUGAUGUCAAUCUUUAUGGCCUCUAGAAGGCUGCCACCUGUCAAAUGGCAGCGUUGGGGCGUGCAUUCUAAUAGCAGUGCUUUUCUGCUGGAUUGUUUCAAGGUUUCACAUAAUCUGAAAGUGUGCCACCAAUACUGAUCUAAAUGCAGUCAAGAUGUAAAUUUCAUGCGACUUACAAAGUGAAGCUGAUUUGCCUAAGUUUUCUUCCCCAAGUGAAGCGAGGGACAAAAAGCACAUGAUAUAAUAGGUGGAACCUAGAAUGGAUAUUUCAGAUGCCUUCAGCUGCAACUAUGUAAGAUGUUAUCUGAGAGUUGGUAUGGAUCUUUGUUAUAGAUGAUUUCUAUCUAGAAAUGUUUUUCAUAUUAAACAUAAUGAUGCGUAUAACUGAGAAUCGUAAUUGUUCUGUCUGCUGUUCCAAAGGCUCAGAACCUAUUUUUGGUGACUUUUUAUAUAGCUUUUUUUGAAUCUCCUGCUGGUUCUGUGCUGAAUCCUACUCCGGAAUUGUUUUCUUUUUUGUAACCAAAAUGCCUUCGGUGUUUGAAAGAAAAAGUUGCCUCUGGAAAUAGUCAGGGGCUUUCUUUCAUUGAAAUAAUGAUAGAAGAUUGCAGCAUAAACCUUGUAAAAUGAAUAUCUCCAAGAUGCUUUAGAAACCAUUAGUUGUUUAGGGAUUUCAUGGCUGCUUUAGUUCUUCCUCUCAAUUUCAUGUCCUAGGCUCAUGUGGAGGAGAACACUGGUGGUAUCCCUUCUUUGUUUUUACAAAAUUUACAAAACAUAGAGCACCAUAAUGUAAAAACUAACAAUAAUUCCCCAGAGAUGGACAUCUUGAACAGAAAUUGGACUCUGGGUCUGGCAGCACAGAAGGUACUAGUGCCUGUAUGUUGAACAGGAUGAGUACUUGUUGGUGUUAAAUGGCAGCCUGUGGCCACCUUCAGUGGUGCCAGCCAUGGGCGAUAAUGUGAGUUAGCUGUACGUGGAGCAAAGUAAUGGUAAUGGAUCAUUUUGCUUGUUUAUCAGUGUUGUUAAUCAAAUACCCGUUGUUGGGUGUGAAUCCAUUUUACUAACAUAAUCCUAUUUUUCCCCUUUUUUCAUUUCCUUUUAAUAUCCAGGUAACCAAAGUGGACACAUGGCAAAAAUCUCGGUUAUUGUGUGAAGGUGUUUACAACUGGAUAGCAUUGAGACGGAGCAAGUCAGGUGUUCAGACUAGGUUGAUGGUGCCCCUUUAAGUCAGGACAGAAUUAGUGCUUUGUGGAAUAAUCCCAAACAGUUUCUGCUGAGUGAGUCCCAGCAAAGCUUUAGCACAUCCCAUAAGAUUAUGGGGUAUGCUUUCACUGUGAUCCCAGAGGAAUUAGGCAGACAACUUCAGCUAUGGCUUAACGUGGCUUGUGCUGCCAGCCUUGCUGGAAAAUGUGUCCUUCUAUAAUGAAAAAAAAAAUGCGUUUCACACCCCUGUCACCUCUCCUUCCCUAUUUCUCUUCUUUUCCCAGACACCCCUAAAGGCAGUCUUUGGAAAGAAUAUUUUUUGUUAUCUUUCUAUUUAAGCCUUUAUCAAAUCCUGUUUUGUACCCUGCGCUGUUGCUUCUGCUUAAGAUACUGCAGUGAUGGAAGCUAGAGAAACAGAUGGCAUAGAAGGGAUGCCAUUAUUACCAUACUAUGUUAGCCUAAGAAUUACUGGUAUCAGAAAACCUCUCUCAUUCAAUAAUUUUUUUUUUUUAUAAAGUGAAUUAUUAGGGGAUUUGUUUUUAUCUGUAUAGAUUAACGUCCUUGCCAAAUUUUAAAUGGGUAAAUAAAUUCUUCUAGCUCUGCUUAGAGUUUUGGAAAGAAAAGGAUGCACAUCCUGAAAAGCAUCCUGCUGUAGGAUAUUGUUGGCCGCUCCACAGUUGCUGGUCUUGCCUUACAAAUGAAGAAGACAAAGCCCUGUAAGUGUGUUAUUGAAUAGAUCUGGAGAGGAGGCCUGAUGUCGGUGUUACAGUGGCACGUGUAUUUUUAGAAGGCGUUAUCUGAUUGUUUUCCCUCUCUAUUGCUGACUGCCCUUAGCAGCCUCAGUGAGUCAAUCGUUAUGGAAUUUGAUGUGUUUGAAAACUCUUUAGCGCUGCGUACUGACAGCUCUGCAGCUCUCUGCUUGGCUCCUCACCAGUCAUCUGGUGUGGAGUGUCCCACAGUUUGUUUGCUUGGGGCACUCCAAGGGAGAGAGCAACAACAGCUUUUGCAGAGCUGUACCUCCAUCCCUUUCUCCACUCUUCUGUAAUGCGUGUUUUUUAAUCUCUACCCCCACCUUUUCUGUCAGCUCCAGUCUAGAACGCUAACUUGGCAUCAUUGUUCCAUCCCCUCAGUCCAAAAUCUGCCUUCCUCCCCACUGCUUCUAUUUCCAAGCAUUUUGCUUCUCCCACUUCUGUCUCUGGAGAAGAAGUCAGAAACCCAGGCAGCACACGUGCCAUAUAAGCCUCAUGUGAGUACCUUCACCUGCCACCAUUUUCUGCCCCGGCGCUUUGUAAUCCUCUGCAUAAAGCCCCUCAUUUUACUCCCCCAGCAGAGAUUUGUGUAGGAUGGAGUGCUGCAGAGAUAUCUGGUGGAGGCUGUUUUUUUUCCCCCAAUUUUGAUUCUAAAAGAACUUACAUGUGCCUAAGAAACUUUGAUUAUAAUGUGCUGUUACUGCAGAUCUCUGGCUGCUGUCCUCAGGCUGUUGGAUACACACUCGAAAAAGGGUGAAAUGGUGGAACAAAAUGAUUAUGGGAAAAUCAAAGCUUUUAAAGACAUUUGUAGGAUGAACAGAUGUUCAAACAUUCUUUUAUUUGGUUUCCAGACAGACGUAGAGACUUACCUUUCAUCCUCGUAAUCAGUACAUUAUGCUGUAAUUUGUAAAAAUGGCAUUAAAAAAAUAUUAACAGGGUCAUAUUGUGAUCUACUGACACUGUGUCAUUAAGCCGUGAAGUUAAGAAUGGCAAAUGGAACAGGGGUUAAAUGUUGCAGAAUGUACCGUGUUGUCAGACUGCAUUAUAAUGAACCCAAAAUGGAAUAAAGAUGUAAGGAGGUUAUUUUUUUUCAUUCUA